GGCCAAAGGCAGGACAAAGGGAACGAUGAUGGGGUGAAGAGGGAGGGAUUGGGGGUCCCCUGCCCACACCAGCCCUUCCAGCCAGAUCUUACCCUCUCCAAAGGAGGAAGUCCAGCCCGGAAAUGUCUCACAGAGCGAAGCUUUCAGCCCAUUUCGAGACUGAUCUGACUCGUUCCCAGCUCAGGCGUGCAGGCUUUCAGAGGCACAUCCUGCCCCAGGGAGCAAAUCCCACCGAGGCCAAGGUGCUGGGAUGGGGGAGUAAGGAUGAGCCCAGCAGCCCUGCCCAGCACCCCCACCCAGCUGGGGGAUGCACAGCACCCGCGGGACAGUGGCACUGUCCCCAGCAGCCUGGCCAUGCCUGGGCAGGACCCGACCCAAAUUCUCUUUCCCAGCACUCCCUGAGUUGGGUUAAUGCAGUUUAGGAAAUUUUUGUUUCUGUUUGUCAACACCUUUCUCACCUUCCCCUGACUUCCCCUGCCUGCUGGGGUGCAGGGCCGGGCUGGGCACUGCCGUGGGUUAAAGGUGGAGCUGGGGUGCCUCUCCUGGUGGCUGGAUCCCCUUGCUCACAGACAAUCUUCUGACUCAGCUUUGCCUCCCAGAUCCAAACAGCCCCAGCAUCUUCCACCCCCUCAAGCAUCUGCUGGGGAUUAACGUUGUUUUGCUGGGUGUUGGCAGCUCAGGGUCAAGCUCAAGGUCCCUCAGGAGCUUCUCAGCCUCUCCCUCCCCUACCCAGAGCUGACCUGACACACUGGGGACUUCAGAGGGGCUGGAGGAUUCACAUGCUUUCUCCUCAGCUACUCCUACAUCACUGUCCCCAGGGCUUUUCUCCUCUGGGGUGCUAAGGACGCUGUCCCUUCCCAUCAUGCAGGUGCAGGGUGAUCUCCCUGGGGAGGAUCAGGGUGAUGAGCCUGAGCUUGGGGAGCACAAGGUGAAGGCGAUGCUCACCCAGGUCGUUAGUGAGAGCAGGGCCUGCGUGGGGGGAGCCCCCAGACUCCCCAGUGCUCUACAGGCAGCGAGCGGCCCCAAAGGAGGCCUCCCUGCCCUGAGCCUUUUUCUCCCCAUUCCCUGAGACAGGGGACCCCAUGGAUGACAACCGUCCCCUCUUCACCACCUUCAAGCCCUUUGGUGAGGACAGCAGAGCCAGAGCCAAGCCAGCGCCCAGCACAACCCCCAUCCAGCCCCAGGGGGCAGAGCCGCUGCCGGGACACCACAACAGGCAUGGCAGGGUGCCUCCAGGCUUCUGGUCACCUCCAGCAGCCCAGUCCCUGCCUGAAGGGGACCCGUGCUCAGAGCGGGUGGCCCUGCGCGCCCGGACGAGGCUGUGGUUUGAGCAGACGCAAGCCCAGAGGCUGGGGCCCGAGGGGGAGCUCCCGACGUGGUUCCACGGCUUCAUCAGCCGGAGGGAGGCAGAGGAGCUGCUGCAGGAUCAGCCCCUGGGCUGCUUCCUGGUCCGCUUCAGCGAGAGCACCAUCGGCUUUGUCCUCUCCUACAGGGGCAGGGAUCGCUGCCGGCACUUUGUCCUGGACCAGCUGCCGGACGGGCGGUACGUGAUCCUGGGGGAGCGCAGCGCCCAUCCCGAGCUGGCCGAGCUGCUGCGGCACCACGCCACGGCCCCCGUCACGCCGUACCACGAGUUCCUCACCGUGCCGCUGCCGUGCGCAUGGAAAGACGAGCCCCGAGGACGGGCACAGCCCCCAGCUGGCAGGGAUGCUGCACAUUCCCCGCCGAGAGAAGCCCCAGCAAAGCUCCCGGAGUCCCCCAGAGCCGCGGGCGGCUCCGCCAGGGAGGCUCCCAGCUCGCCGCCGUCGCUCCCUCCCAAGAGCAGCUCCCGGGGCGCGGCUCGGGGGUCGCGCAGCCCCUCCGGCAGCGCGGCAGCGCCCGAGGCUCCCUAUGCCCAGGUGCACAAAGAAACCGCCCGGCCCGAGCCCCCCGAGGCCAAGUACCAGCAGCUCAUGUGCUUCCACGUCUACGCCGAGCCCCGCGAGCCCGAGGAGCGCAUCUCGGAGGAAUCCAUCCCCGAGGAGCCCAUCCCCGAGGAGCCCAUCCCCUUCUACGCCAUGGCCCGCCGCUGCAGACCCCGCGCCGGCACCGAGGAGAACAUCUACUCCGAGGUGGCACUGGCCCGGCAGGAGCUGCCUGCUCGGCUCCCCACGGCGCCCCAAAACGCCUUCUCCACGCUGCCCCCCAAGCCCCGGCCCCACCGCCAGCUCUUCCGCAGCGUUUCCAGCCAGGACUGCAAGAGGAGGCAGCUGGCGGCAGCUCCCAGCACGGACAGGAAGGACAGAGGAGCUUCCAGCACAGGCACGGAGGUCGUCCUGAACCCCGCAGUGGAGUUGGAUGAUCCCGUGUACAGCCAGAGCACACACCGGGAGCAGCAGACCACGGCUGAGAAUGUGUACGAGCGGCUGCCUGGGGACUGCCCCUAAGCACAGGUGGGCUCAGGACACGACCUGGCCCCCAGGCAGGAGGAACCUCAGCCCCCAGCUCACUGCAGGAAGCCCCUGGCCAUGGGAGGAGGGGUCCAAGGCUGCUCUUGGGCCCAGCCAGCGAUGCCAAUCUGCUCUAUGGGAGCCCCUGCUCUUCCAGCUCCCCAGCCCUGUUGGACAGUGCAGGGGGAGCAGGGUUUCCUUACCUGUGAACACAUUCCAAGAAACUUCUGUCAAUAAAAUGAGGGGGAAAAAAGGCUGUUACAGGAAAAAACCAGGGCCGAGUUUGGCACAGUUGGUGCAUCCAGUUGGAUGUUAAAUUGGCCAGAAACUGGAGUGAUGCCGCAGCCAGGGCUACGCUGAACCUCCCCAGCCUGGAGCCAACACUCCAAGCCCUGCCUGCUUCCUCAGCCACAAAAUCUGGGAUGAAAGCACUGCCCCAGGGCUGCCCCAUGGGGAUAAACCCUGGCUGGGAGAGCGCUGAGCCGCAGUGGUGCUGGGCAGUGCCAGUGGUGCUCCCAGCUCAGCAGGAGCCAGGAUGGCCAAAGCCCCGGCUCGGAGGGAAAAGGAGGGCUGGGGCAUUGUAGCUGUUUAAUCUCUGGGAAAAUUCACUUCUGGCUUUUCACAAACCUGAGUUUUGUUGCUCUUAGAAGGCUGAAAGAGGAACAUGAGCCCUUGGAACUCCCCUUGGUGCUAAACCCAAGCUAUUACCCCAACAAGAAACAGAAAGGGGAACCUGGGAGCUCCAGCCCCCACACAGGCUGUGCUCCACACUGCAAACUCCCCGGGCCAAGAGGGUACCUGGAUGAGGAUCUGAGCCCCUUGUGAUGGAAACAGGGCUGGGUGGGUUCAUUUAGAUGUUCCUUUACCAAAUCUCUUCUGGGAGGAUUUCA